CGGGCGAAGAGCCGGAGCAUCCUGACCUCGCCUGGGACUGGAGCUGUGCCGGACCACAGCUCGCCUGCACUGGAGAACCUAGCAAUCAGGUCCUGUCCAGCGGUCUCCUAAUUAAACGCCCGGCAUCCCCGGAAGGAAAACUCUAUGUGGCUUCUCUGGAAUAGUCUCUGAGAAUUUGUGUGCCAUGUCAAAGAAACGCAAAUGGGAUGAUGACUAUGUUCGUUACUGGUUCACCUGUACAACGGAGCAGGAUGGAACUCAGCAUCCACAGUGUGUAUUGUGUAACUCCAUAUUUUCAAAUGCUGACCUCCAGUUGUCAAAACUGUCAGACCAUUUCAACAGACAGCAUGGUGGAGUAGCCGGGCAUGAUCUCAAUAGCUUGAAGCAUACACCAGCACCAUCUGGUCAGAGGAAAACUUUGAAAGCACUUGGAGUUGCAUCUCAUGAGGAUGCCUUUUUACAAGCAUCAUAUCAGUUUGCAUAUUUAUGUGCCAAGGAGAAUAAUCCUCAUACCAUAGCUGAAAAAUUUGUCAAACCUUGUGCACUGGAAAUAGCACAGAUUGUACUGGGACCAGAUGCACAAAAAAAACUGCAGCAGGUGCCGUUGUCAGAUGAUGUGAUCCAUUCUAGAACUGAUGAAAUGAGCCAGGACAUCUUACAGCAAGUUCUAGAAGACAUCAAAGCCAGUCCUCUUAAGGUGGGGAUUCAGCUUGCUGAGACAACUGACAUGGAUGACUGCAACCAGCUAAUGGCAUUUGUGCGAUAUGUUAAAGAAAGGUUGCAGUUGACCGUGAAAGGAGCAAACGUGUUCCAUCUCUUCAGAGACUUCUUUCUGAAGCACAGUAUAGCACUUGAUAUGUGCGUCUGUACGGAUGGUGCCUCCUCUAUGCUAGGAGAAAAUUCAGAAUUUGUUGCCUGUGUGAAAGAAGAGGCACCUCACAUCGUGAUCACACAUUGUCUGUUGAAUCCUCACACACUUGUCACAAAGACACUGCCUACCAAACUGAGGGACACUCUGUUUACUGUGGUGAGGGUAAUAAAUUUCAUCAAAGGGCCUCCAAAUCACCGCCUAUUUCAGGCUUUCUUUGAAGAAAUUGGAAUUGAAUAUAGUGUCCUCCUUUUCCAAACUGAAAUGAGGUGGCUUUCCCGGGGCCAGAUACUUACCCAUAUUUUUGAGAUGUAUGAAGAAAUAAAUAAAUUCCUUCACCACCAAAGCAGCAGUUUGACUGAUGCCUGAAAAGAGUUUAAAAUUCACCUAGCAUACCUUGCAGAUUUAUUCAAACACUUGAAUGAACUUGGUGUGUCUAUGCAAAGGACAGGCAUGAACACAGUAUCUGCCAGAGAAAAGUUAUCUGCUUUCGUUAGGAAGCUUCCAUUUUGGCAAAAGCGAAUUGAAAAAAGAAAUUUUACCAACUUUACUUUCCUUGAAGAAGUCACCGUAGCUGAUACCGAGGGAGUGAGCAUUUCAACCGACAUAGCGCUGCAUCUUCAACAGCUGGGCAGCUUUUGCAAUGGCUAUUUUGCAGUGGGAGAUCUGGAUGAUGCCAGUAAAUGGAUACUAGACCCCUUUCUUUUUAAUCUAGAUUUUGUGGAUGAUGGUUAUUUAAUGAAAACUGAUCUUGCUGAAUUACGAGCCAGUGGCCAAAUUCUAACAGAAUUUGAGACAAUGAAGCUUGAGGAUUUCUGGUGUGCUCAGUUCCCAGUGUUUCCCAGCCUGGCCAAGACAGCGCUAGAGAUCCUUAUGCCAUUCGCAACGACUUACCUUUGUGAGCUGGGAUUUUCAUCACUUUUACAUUUCAAAAAGAAGUCCAGACGCAACCUUAAUAUGAGCGAUGACAUCCGCGUGGCUAUUUCCAAAAAAGUUCCUCGUUUCUCGGACAUCAUUGAACAAAAGUUCCACCUGCAGCAGAAGUCACUGUGAGCUGACACACUUUUUUAAUGUGUAAUUUGUAAUAUAUUCUUAAUACCAUUGUAAAAUUGAGCUGUAAUUUGAUUUUCUUUCUUUUGAUGUUUGUGAUAUAUUGAAUUUUGUGUUUUAAAAAGUUGGCGA